AUGGCUUCAACCUCAGCCAAGGAUGGGGACAAGUUAAAAGCCAAGCCGAGUGCCCUGCGCUCGAUAAUAGCUGGCUCGACAGCCGGGGCAGUCGAGAUUGCCAUAACAUAUCCCUUCGAUCUCCUCAAGACACGAUCGCAGCUUAACCGCCGAUUACCCGACUCCAAGAAGCUUCCGUGGCCGCCCUUCCCCUCGAAAGAAUGGUACACGGGUUGCACGACCGCGAUCGUGGGGAACUCGGUCAAGGCUGGCGUUCGAUUUCUCGCCUUUGACACAUAUAAACAUCUGCUCUCGGACGACGAUGGUCAAAUAUCCGGGCCUCGAACCGUCGCCGCGGGGUUUGGCGCCGGGGUCACAGAAUCAUUACUGGCGGUAACCCCAUCGGAGUCAAUAAAAACACAGCUGGUCGACGACAGGAAGAGGGCGCAGCCGAGAAUGCGCGGCUUCAUCCACGGGUCUGCGGUCAUCGCCCGCGAGAAAGGGAUUAGAGGCUUUUUUCAGGGAUUCGUGCCCACGACGGCACGACAAGCCGCCAACAGUGCGGUUCGCUUCAGCACCUACACGAGCCUCAAGCAAUUCGCCGAGGGCUAUGUGGCGCCAGGCGAGAAGCUGGGAUCUUUGACGACUUUCGCUUUAGGAGGCAUCGCGGGCAUCGUGACCGUCUACACGACCAUGCCUCUCGACACGGUGAAAACCCGCAUGCAGAGUCUAGAGGCCCGGUCAGUAUACAAGAACACAUUUAACUGCGCCGCGUCAAUCUACAAGAACGAAGGCAUAUUAACCUUUUGGUCUGGUGCUCUACCACGACUCGGUCGUCUCACUCUCAGUGGCGGCAUUGUCUUUACCAUGUACGAGAAGACCAUGCAGCUCCUCGACCUUGCAGAUCCCGAGAGACGGUACAUUUAA